AUGUCUUCUCCCAGACAUUACCAACUCCAAGCAGAGCAAAAGUCCAGCUCACGAUCUUCCUCAUCCUCCUCCUCGUCCUCUUCUCAGCGUCUGCAUCGCCCACAACCACACACUACCACCGGCUACUCUGAUCGAUCAUCAACUUCCUCCGAAUCCUCCUCCGCUUCGUCCUCAUACUACUCCGAUCCAUACGCUCGCGCUUCCUUAGACUCCCGUCAAUCCGCCCCUCGAGUAGAGACUCUUCGCUGCUCACGAUGCGCCAAAUGUGUCGAGACGGUGGUUUCUCCUACCCAUGGAGGCGAAUUGAGGAGGGUCAACAGUGAAGAUGCCGUUGCAAGUGGAAUGGUACGAUUCGGACAUAAUCUAUACUACUGUGAACGCUGUGCACGCAUGGUCGGAUACGCUUGA